AUGUCUCAAAACCAAUCCAGUGGAAGUGAUCAAUCUGCCAUUGGAGGUUUGCCUCCAGAAGUGCUAGAAGCUUUGCGUGCUAGUCAAGCAGACGUACAACAUUGUGAAAAAGAAAACAAAAAAUUAGAAGAUAUGAAGACAACAGCUGUUUCGGAGUGUUCAGUUAUUGAGAAGCAGAUUGACACUAUCGUCGAUGAAAGCGCAGAGAUAGUUACAGAAUUGAGACAAGAGGCUGAGAAGAUCAAAGAAUUGGAAGAAGAGAAAACAAAGAUCUACGAAAAUCAGAUUACACGUAUGAAUGAUGCAUCGACAGAAUCAGUGAAAAUGACCGAAUCAAAAGAUAAGAUUGGUGAUUAUCAACGUGAACUGAAAAGAUAUGAACAACAAUUGAACGAGCUCGAGAAGGAAAAUCAAAAGAUCAACGAGGAGCACGAGAAAGUUUUAAACGAACAAAGAGCUCUAGAAAACGAAAUGUCCAAUAUUCAACGUGAACGUGAAGAGAACGAACAACUACUUAGUGAAGCAAUGGAUCGUCAAGAGCGAUACGAAAAAGAAGUCGAAGUGGUACGACAGCUGAUUGAUGAAAUUCAAACGAAAAUUAAAGAAAAUGAAGUUAAGCUUCAGGAUCUUGUUCGACAACAUCGUGAACUGGAGAGCCGGAAAAAAGAUUUAGAAAAAAAUAUCGAACAAUUAAAAGAAAAUAUUGUUAAAUUGGAAAUGGUUCUCCUUGCCAAAGAGGAAAGAGUAGCACGUUUAGAACAAGAGGUUAGAAAACUUGAAGAACGAAUCAAAGAAAUCGAUGAAGAGCUCGAACAAGUACGCGAGAAAAUUGUUAAAGUUAAUGAAACAAUCCAAGAGUUACAACGAGAUGUUGAAGAAAACAAAGUGAAAGUCGAUGAGCUCGAAAGAGAUGUGAAGGCACUCGAAACUGUACGUCGUGAAUUGGAAAAACAAGUUCAAGUGCUAGAAGAUGAGCUUAGCAAUAAAACUAAUCGAUUACAACGUCUUCAACAAAAGAUCACUGCGGUUCAAGAUCUGUUCAACCAAUCAGACACGAAAAUCAAACAACUCGAAUCUCAACGUGAACAACAAACGACAUCAAUCAACUAUUUUGACGGAGAACAAAAUCGAUUAGAAGAAUUAAAGACUCGUCAAAAGAAUGAAACUGAUGCAUUGCACAAUGAUAAAGAAACAGCUAUUCACGAGCGACAAACAGCUGAGAAUGAUUUUAAGAAAGCCGAAACUGAUUUAGCGGCUGCCAAACAAACGGAACGAAAUGCACAGAAUGAAUUGGACAAAGCAUCAAAUGAAGAAAAUAGAAUUAAAGCCCAAUUAGAUCGAGCCAUUUUGGAAGAAAACUUAGCCAAACAAGAAAUGGAUUCAGCAAAAGCACGAGCCAACGAUAGUAGUUCAUCAGAUACAAUUUGGGGUUUGGUAGGUAUGAUUCCAUUACUCAGUGCUUUUGCUCAAAGUCAAUCGGGAAAAGGUCGAGAAGCUCGAAGUGAAUACAAUCAAGCGAAACAAAAUUAUGAAACGAAGAAAAAUGAGACAAACAGAUUGCGUGAUGAAUAUCAACGUGCAAAAGAUAAAAAGAAGGAUUGUACAACAACAUUGAAACAAGCAAAGAACGAUUUAAGUGAACGACAAUCUACUUUUCUUCGCAAACAAACACAAAUGAAUUCAGCUAAAGCGAAAGUUAGUGAUUUAAUCGAACGACAUCGUUAUGCUCAGCGUCAACAAGCUCAAACAGAAACAAAUCUACGAAUCAUUGUUGCUGAUUUACAAAAGGCUCGAACACAACUCUCAACUAUUACGAAUGAAAUCCAACGAUAUGAAGCAGACAAAACAACACUUAACUCUCAGAUCAAUGAUUUAAAGGAUAAAUCAGAACAAAUGAUAGAAGAAAUCACAAGUCAUCGACGAGUUAUCGAAGGUAAACGUCGAGAUUUGGAAGAGAAAACAUCAGAAAUUAAUGAGAAAACAGCUCAAUGUUCAUAUGCGAAAAGUACAUUACAAUUGAAACAAAACGAAUGUGAGAAUUCCAAGCGAAUUUUAGCUGAUCUAUCAAAUACAGAGAAAGCUAAAGAACGUGAAAAAACCUACCAACGUGACUUAUUAGCAUCAGAGAAAAGCACAGUCGAAGAACUUCGACGUGAUAUCGAAGUGAAGAAAACAACUCUUCAGCAAUGUCAAGAUCAACUAAUAGAAGUAGACAACGAUCUUCGAUCUGUCAAUGAUCAACAACAACAAUUGAAUGAUUCGAAAAAAUCUCUCCGUGAUCAACUUCAAACUUCAAGAAAUGAUCUGAAUAUUGCCGAAACGAAUCAUCGAAAAGCACGAGAACAAUUUCAAGCACAAAGUCAAAAAGUGGAAGUAUUACGACAAAAUUACGAGUUAUUGGAACAACGUGAUACUCGAUUGACGAACACCUUAAAAGGUAUCAGUGAUCGAUCACAGAAUAAACAAAAUCAAAUCAAAGAUUUUGCCAAAUUACAAGAAGUUUGUCGUGACAAAAUCAAAGCUGAACAAGUCCAAUAUGAUAAAUCGAAAACGAUUCUUUUAACGUCAGUUGAGAACUUCAGCAAAUUACAAGGAGAAAUUCAAACCGCUGAGAACAAAAUACAAAGCCGAGAAAAAGUCUUUCAACAACUAUAA